UAGUUCUACAAAAAAAUAUCUCAAAGUUUAAGUACAUAGAUAUACAGAUUUUGCAUGCAAUUGGGAAUGGCAAAGAUGGCUGCUUCAAUUUCAUUCUUCUCCUUGAUCCUAUUGGCACUAGCACAUAGUUCUAAUGCUGGUGGAGGCAUUGCAGUCUACUGGGGGCAAAAUGGCAAUGAAGGCAGCCUUGCUGAAGCAUGUGCCACAGGGAACUACAAUUUUGUCAUCUUAGCCUUCCUUCCAACAUUUGGCAAUGGCCAGACCCCAAUGGUAAACUUCGCCGGCCAUUGCGAUCCUUACAGCAACGCGUGCACAGGGCUAACCUCUGAUAUCAAGUCCUGCCAGGCCAAAGGCGUUAAGGUCUUGCUGUCUAUUGGAGGAGGGGCUGGUAGCUACUCGCUCGCUUCCUCUAAGGAUGCGAGCCAAGUAGCUACUUACCUCUGGAACAACUUCUUAGGAGGAAGCUCUUCCUCCCGCCCUCUCGGGCCAGCCGUUCUUGAUGGCAUUGAUUUUGACAUCGAAGGAGGCACGAACCUAUACUGGGGCGAUCUUGCUAGGUCUCUGAAGGGAUACAACAAAAAUCUGUACCUGACAGCAGCUCCUCAGUGCCCAUUUCCUGAUGCUUGGAUUGGAAAUGGGCUCAAGACCGGUUUAUUCGACUAUGUUUGGGUCCAAUUCUACAACAACCCUCCUUGCCAGUACAGUGAGAGUGAUAUUAGCAAUCUUGAAAAUGCUUGGAAGCAGUGGACAUUGGAUAUUCCAGACAAAAAGGUUUUCUUGGGAUUGCCAGCUUCCCCUGAAGCUGCAGGGAGUGGAUUCAUUCCAGUUACUGAUCUUACUUCCAAAGUGCUUCCAGCAAUUCAGGGAUCUUCUAAAUAUGGUGGUGUUAUGCUGUGGUCUAGGUACUAUGAUAUUCAGAGUGGAUACAGUUCCUCCAUCAAGAACCAUGUCUAGAAUCUAAGUUUAUAUGGGUGUGUUUUGGUGUAUGUUAUAUGUAAUGCUUGUCUUUGUACUGGUGUGUGAUGUGAAGAAUGUGAUCAAUAUAUAUGAAGUUUCUGUGAAUUAUAACA